AUGAAGGCCGUUGGUGAAGUCAAAGGGCAGCCGGCGAGUGGGUACGUCGAGCUCGACACGCAUAACAUAUUUGGGUAUAUGGAGGGCCGCGCGACGAACCUCGCACUGCGCGCAGUGCACCCCGGCGAGCGACCUUUCAUCAUUGCGUGCUCGACAUUCCCGGGUUCGGGGCACUGGACAGGACACUGGCCUGGGGAUAACUACAGCAAGUGGGCAUACAUGGCGCACAGCAUCGCAGGCGUGCUCCAGUUCUAG